CAAAAUAAAAGUCGAUCGCAGUGGCUAGUUUCAAGUUUCAGUUCUGAACUUCUAAGAGUCUGUUCAUCAUUUAUUCCGUCCUCUGGUGUUUCUGUGCAGAGAUUUGAGCUCCCAUGGCGAUUUCAAAGUUCGCCAGUCUAUUUAUUUUUCUUGUCCUAGUUUUCACGCACGUCCGCGCCAAUGUAUCGGUUGAUGUAGAAGCGGAACAUGUAGUUGAAGUCAUCAGAUCGGAUGAUUCCGAGGUUUCUGAUUUGAAGGUUGAAUUGGACGAGCUUAAGUCCAAGAUUCAAAAGCUUGAAUCCCACCUUGAUGAAAAAAGCCAAGAAUUGAAGAGGAAGGACGAGGCAAUAGCUCAGAAGGAAAAGAUCAUUAGUGCCAAGCUAGAUAGCAUUUCGUUGCUUGAAAGUGAGAUUGCUUCUCUUCAGAAAAAAGGGCAAUUAGACGCGGAGGAGCAGGUUGUGAAGGCGUAUGCACGUGCUCAUGAAUUAGAAAGACAGGUCGAUGAUCUCAAAAGACAAUUGGAGAUGCUGAAUGCGGAGAAAAAAUCCUGGGAAACUCUGGCAAAUGAAGCUGAGAAGAAAAUGCAGAAAGCCAUUUUAAGAUUAGAGAAUUUCCAGAAGAUUCAUGAAGAACAGGAAAAUAGAAUCCGUGUAACUGAACGAGCUCUUGAAGUAACUAAGGAAGAGAUGAGGAAGGCGAAGUUUGAGGCAACUUCGAAAAUUAAGGAGUUAACAGAGGUUCAUGGUGCAUGGCUCCCGCCUUGGCUCGCUUCACAUUAUGGCCAUUUUGAGUCUUUGAUCAAAACACAUUGGAAUGAGCAUGCAAAGCCUGCAAUUGAUGUAGCAAUUCAGAAGGCAUCAGAUAAGACGGCACAAGCAGCAAAAUGGGCUGAACCCCACGUCAAAACAGUGAAAGUAAAGUAUAUCCCUGCUGUGAAGGAAAGAUGGUUGGUAGUAAAAACAAAUGUUAAACCACAUGUCGAGACAUUAACGAUGAAAACUGAAGAAUUUUACCAGACAUCAAAGAGUGUGAUAACUCCUUAUGCAAUUAAAUCUAAAGAAGCUAUUGGGCCGUACUAUCUGGAAGUUAAGAAAUUCAGCAAGCCAUAUAUUGAUCAGGUUGCUACUGCUACGAAACCUCAUGUCGAAAAGGUUAGGGUGGUCUUGAAGCCGUAUACAAAGAAAUUAGUUCACGCAUACGGAAAAUUUCUAAAAUCCGCGGCUGUAUAUCAUCAUAAGGUUCAAGGUGUUGUUAAAGAGAACCUACAUAAACACGAAUUGACCAGGCCACUCGCAACUAGAGAAUUGGAAUGGUUUGCGGCUUCUGCUUUGUUGGCUCUUCCUAUUAUUCUGCUGUUUAAUAUAUGCUCUGCCAUUUUCUGGAAAAAAACAAAGAAACCAACUCGAAACACUGCCCACCAUGCACGUCGUAAGGGUAAAAGGGGGCAUCCCGACAAGUAGAAUGGCAGCAUUGUGUUAUUUGUCAAGCUCUAGUGGGAUCUAUUUGAGUUCACACAGGGGCUUUCGUGGUUAUUGAAUGUCUUCUUGGCCAUAAACUAAUAAUUAAGUUUUGUUUUCCUUUAAGAUGUCCUGCAGUAUAUUUUUUGAUCUUUUGUGCUAGCAUUUUAGACCCCUUGUUCUGUUAUUCCUGUAUAGUUUUAUCAGGAGAUAGCCAGAGCCGAUAGCCUAUUCAAGUUAAUGUAAAAAUAGGACUUUGCUUAAUUUUAUUGGAGUCGUUUGCAUUUUUCUACCCAACUACCAACUCUCAGAUUAAACACAUGUAACAUUAUUUCUCUAUAAGAAAACUUAUCUCGAUUUCCAUUUGGGUUUA